AAAUAGCGACCACUUCGUCUCCGAGUGACUGGAACCCCUCUCUCUCUCGCAAACAGUAGUAAUGGGCAGUAGAGCUCCAUCUUUUCCUGUUCCCCACAAGAAGCUCACGUUGGAGAUUAAGUUGAUGUAAUAUUAGGUAGCAGAAGCCAGAAGCAUCUAAACGUCUCAUUUCAAGAUGAAACCAUGUUGAAGUCUCUUACUAUCUCUCAAUGGGAAACAAAACAGACAUUGUCAUUUCCAGUUAUGAUGACUAUUUCCUUGUUAUUGCCACUCAAAUAGGAAGUAUGGGGACAGUAAUACAUGCAAGUAAGGAGGAAGGAAUGUCAAUCCAUCCAACUUUUGAUGUAUCAGUAGUAUUGGGCAAAAGAGAAGAGCCAAUGCUUGUGGCUAGCGCUCAACAACUGAUUGAACACAUAAGCAGCAGCUCUGGCUCAUCUAAGCAAUUGGUGUUAUCUCUUGGCCUUAAGGACCAUUCUCCGGAGACUCUGAAAGGGAUCGUUUCCACAGUGAUUGAAAAUAGUUUCUGGUAAUAAAAUCUUCUGUGGAGAAUCAUAUUCACAGAUUUUUGUUGACCCUCUCCUACAUCAGCUCUGUCAAGUUUUGGUCCAACAAAAAUGGCCGCAGUAUUAAAUGGCUCUUACGAUUAACAAUUUAUAGUCUGGGAGAAAUGAAACUUGUGCAUUACUAUCUGGAAAUUGGAAAGUAUUGCCGCUCAUGAUUUGUAUGCGGAGACUCUCUUUUUAAGUCCCAACUUACAAAGAAGAUAUUUUACCCUACUUUGGAACUUAAGAAGUUGUAUUUCCAUGAUUAGCCAUAGAUGAACAUACACAGACACUUCUAAGUUCCAACAA